AUGGCGACGUUUCUCAUGAACUCGAUGGAACCGGUGAUAUUGCGUUGUUCUUAUCAACUAAUCGCAAGGUUUUACCAUAUAACUACAGUUGGCACUUGCAGACCUCAGAAAUUUCGUACAACUUUCAAGGAUAGAAAUGUAACUGCAGUGAACAAUUUAUAUGAUUCAUAUGACAUCAUUCGAUUCUUAGCUGAAAAGCAGUCGUGUCCAUAUUUUCCAGUGAAUUUGGGAUCACAUUUUCCAAAGUUACAAACUCUUCUUAUCUGGAAUUCAAAUCUACAAUUUCUCUUCAGCAAUGAUCUUGAUGGAUUGAAUAACUUAGAAGAGCUUGAUGUUUCAUAUAAUCCAAUUGAGUAUUUGCAAGAAAUUUUAUUCAAGGGAAAUAAUAAGCUUACUACAUAG